UGGCUCGAACCCACGAACUACGUGAUCAUGACCUGAGCUGAAGUCAGAUGCUUAACCGACUGGGCCACCCAAAGAACCCAAAGAACCCCUAUGGUUCUUUAUUUAAUAGUGAGGUAACAUCAGUUGCUCAGAUCAAAAAAUGAGUAUGACAGAAAUUUGGGGGGCACCACUGAGUACCUGGCCAUAUGUCACAAGGAUUCUCUUUUGAGGGAUGGCAGAUGGGGCUUUGCACCGUUCCAGAUCAGCAGCAUUUUGCUAGUGAAUAAUUAAAACCCUGACUUUGGGAUCUGUUGGGACCAUAAGACUCCCUGGUUGAAGCUUUUCCUAUGGUAGGUGGAGAGCUUUCUUUGGAGUUUGUACCAAAUGAACAGAGAUGUGAGUUGGCCAGAUGUGAGCUGAGGAGUUACAUGAGGAAAAAAAGGGAGGCACGGGUGCCACCCCCUGCUCCAUAUAGCCUGUGCCUGAUCUUAUCUCCCAGCAGGACCAGGCAACCAUGGAGGAAGAAAACUACACGAGUGCCUCUGAGUUCAUCCUCCUAGGGCUCUCCAGCCAGCCCGAAAGGCAAGAUCUGAUCUUUGGGCUCUUCCUUGUCAUGUACCUGGUCGGGGCAGCAGGGAACUUGCUCAUCAUCCUGGCCACUGGUUCAGACUCCCACCUCCACACACCCAUGUACUUCUUCCUCAGCAACCUUUCCCUUGUGGAUUUCUGCUUCAUCUCCUCUACAGUCCCUAAGAUGCUUGUGAACAUCCAGAUGCAGACUCAGUCCAUUUCUUAUUGUGGCUGCCUAACCCAGAUCUACUUCUGCAUUUUGCUUGCCAACAUGGACAACUUUCUCCUGAUGGCAAUGGCUUAUGACCGUUAUGUGGCCAUCUGCCACCCCCUUCACUAUUCCACCAUGAUGAGUCUGCAAAUCUGUGCCCUGAUGCUGGGGAGCUCCUGGCUCAUCGCCAGCCUCCACUCCCUGCUACACACUGUCCUCAUGGCUCGGCUGGAGUUCUGUGCCAGCAACGUCAUCCCUUACUUCUUUUGUGACCUCAUUCCCCUGCUCCAGCUAUCCUGUUCCAAUACACAGCUCAACCAGCUCAUGAUUCUGCUGGUGGGGGGUUUGAUUGUCCUCAUUCCUUUCCUCGCCAUUCUUGUGUCCUACACCCACAUUGUGUCUGCUGUGCUUAAGGUCCCAUCUACCCAGGGCAAACAAAAGGCCUUUUCUACCUGUGGUUCUCAUCUCACUGUAGUCACCCUCUUCUAUGGGACUAUCACGGGGGUCUACUUGAGUCCCUCAUCAUCCCAUUCAACUGACAAGGAUUCACUGGCUUCAGUGAUGUAUAUGGUGGUCACACCCAUGCUGAACCCCUUCAUUUACUGCCUGAGAAGCAAGGACAUGAAGGGAGCCACAAGAAAACUGUUCAGUAUAAAGGCUUUAUCCUGUGGGCUGUGACAGCAAAGACCCCUCUUAGGGCCUUUGUGCUGGGAAGGGGAUGAAUUAGAGACAGGCUCCACAUAUAGAGGGCUAGAGAAACGUAGACUUAAUUGUCCUGGGUCACCAUGGCCAGGAAGUCCUCUCAUUUCUCCAUAAGUAAUUUGCAAGUUCCUUCUUGGGCUUUGCUCAAACUGCCCAAACAUGGUGAGGGGCAUAACCUCUCCCCUAAAGACAGAACCACAUAAACAGAUGCAAAUUAGCUUUGUCUGCAGACCUUCCAGAGAAGUCCAUGUGAAAAAAGAAUCUGUGGCCUGUGCUGAUAGCCUGUGCCAAAGGGAUGCCCUCUCAGAGCUCCCAUGCACCCUCUGUUCCUCAAAUCCUUAACCUUCAUGCAUCCCAAUUUCUAAACUCUUCUGCUGUACCCCCACUUCUUCAACCAUCAUCCCCACAUUCUGGGUUGAAUCUAGCUCUGGGGACAGACUUGAUUGUCCUCAAAGCCAUCCCACUCUUGGCCUUGGAUGCUGCUGGGUAGGGUUCCAUAGCUCUGUAUACUCGCAUUAGGGAUGCUUACAGUGAUAUCUCAGCUGAACACCUAGACAGGCUGCAAGGGGUAUGGUAGAACUUGAUAGAGCAUUACACAGAAAGUCCUAACCACUGACUUCUGGUCCUGGCCCCAUAGUUACUGGCCAUUUGAAUCCAGUCCAUCUGAAAUUCACCAUUCUACCAAACACACUGUGCUUUUUUAGUCUCUACUUUUGCUGUUCCAGUAGAGUCAACUUGCCCAUUUCUAUCAAAUUUCCAGGUGUCCUUCAGGCUCAGAUAAAAUACCAUACCCUUCAUGAAGCCACCUCAAGUCUCCCCAGCUGAGAGAAUUUUCUGUCUCCUGGAACACCAUAUAAUUGUAAUGCUGUUCAACCCUUUCAUAUCUGGCUUUGCAUGAUUCGUGUUCACCACAACUCCACUCCAAACAGGAUGGUUGGGUCAUUUUUAAAUUUUAUAAAAGCUCCUAUUCAUCUUAAGAAACUCAUCCUCAGAAGACUCUAUCAAGUGCCUGGUUUAAAAUAAUGACUCGGGCACCUGGGUGCCUUAGUUGGUUAAGUGUCCGACUUCGGCUGAGGUCAU